CCCAAAAAAUGCAACAACAACACUUUUCAUCUCUUUCCCAAUACAAAAAAAAACCAAAACAACGGCUUUUGUUUAGCCUUUUCAGCUUUUUCUCUAAACUGUUAAAAGGAUGUCUCUAGCUAUAGCAGAGGUUUACACGGUGAGGAAGUUUCACAAAGAGAGUAUGAAGAAACCGGCUGUUACCGUCGGCGAGGGAGACGAGAAGAUCGGGGGAGGAAGUUUCAUGGAGGCGCCUGUGAAAUCUGGUGGGAGUAGACGAUUCGGACGGUUGUUUUUUGGAAAGCCCGGGAUGAAGAAAAGCUCUGCUAAAGUUUCGGACCCCAUGACGAUUGAGUGAUAGACCAUAUAAAAUAUUAAGUUUUUCUAUAUUUUCCAUCUAUAUCUUUUUUUUUUCCUUCUUUUACUUUCACGGGUCGUUUUUUCUGGCUUUUUCUACUUUUCUAGUGUCUACUCUUUUUCUUUAUUGAGUGAGUUUUAUUAAAUACGACGUAAGCGUCCAAUGUAAUGAACUUAAAUUAUGAGAAAUUAUAAAUACUAUUAACUUUUGGAUAAAUGCA